AAGAAAUAGACUAAAUUAAGCGAGAAGAAAGAUAAAAGCACACUAGAUAGGGGGGCUAAGCAAGCUGAAGCAAAGCCUAUACGGUAACCAAAAGUGAACCCUUCCCUUUGCAGCGGAGGAAGUAACAUCGGCGUUUUGGUUCGGAGAUGAAUGUGAUCGGAGAUAAAGGGGAUGAGGGGGGAGAAGGCGGCGGUUCCACUGUGUUGGUGGGUGUCAAAUUUGACGCUGACAGCAAGGAAUGGCUGACUUGGGCGCUUGUCAAGGUGGCUCAGCCCGGUGAUCAGGUCAUUGCUCUUCACAUACUUGAUUCUGCAACCGAGAGUCCGGGGUCGGUUCUGUCUCUUGUGAAGCAAUUUGAUUAUACGCUAGCGGUGUACGAAGGCUUCUGCAACCUAAAACAGGUGGAUUUGAAGCUAAAAGUGUGCAGAGGAUCAUCGCCAAAGAAGAUUCUGGUAUGGGAAGCCAGGUCUUUCGAAGCAGCUAAGCUAAUUCUGGGAACUACCAAAACCAAUAACCCGAUACAAUCGUCUACCUCAGUUGCGAAAUUUUGCGCCAAAAAGUUACCCAAAUGUUUCUCUGUUUAUGCUGUUCAGAAUGGCAAAAUCUUGUUCCAAAGGGAAGCAAUUCAGACCAUCUCGAACCGGUCCCAAGGUAGUGAUAUUUUCCCCAGUUUUACCUGUGUUUCAGCCUUGAAAUUGCCAGAAAAUUCUACCUCCCAAUCUCCGGAAGAGGUAUCCGGAAAUGGCAGUGUGGGUAAUAGGCUAGAUUUGGUACGCUUUCAAUCGAGUGAGGAUAACGUUGUUCUGGUUAGAAAGUUGCCCGGUUGGUCUCUUCGCCGCUGGGUGUUUUUACCUAAGCACCAUCACUUGGAGAAUUCUUCUACAAAGAAAUCUGUGGACCAAUGGGUGUUAAAAUUACCAAGCCAGCAUUCCUCAGCUGUUGUUUAUCUUCCAAAAGAGCUACAAAGUUUACUGGAGAAAUCCUCUUCUUCAUGUAGAUUGUUUAGUUAUGAAGAACUUUUGGAAGCCACCUCUAGCUUCAUGGCAGAAUCUCUGGUAGGUAAAGGUGGUAGCAGUCACGUUUACAGAGGGUGCCUUCCUGAUGGUAAGGAACUGGCAGUGAAAAUUGUUAAGCCAACUGCGAAUGCAAUCAAGGAUUUUGUUCAGGAAAUCGAGAUCAUUACGAGUUUAAACCAUAAAAGUCUCAUUUCCUUAUUUGGUUUCUGUUUUGAGGAAAACAAGUUGCUCUUGGUUUAUGAUUUCCUCUCCAGGGGAAGUCUAGAAGAGAACCUUCAUGGCAAUAGGAAAGACAGCAAUGCAUUUGGCUGGCCGGAGAGAUAUAAGGUGGCUCUGGGCUUAGCUGAAGUGCUUGAUUACUUGCAUAACGGUUGUGAACAAACUGUGAUCCACAGAGAUGUGAAAUCUUCGAACAUUCUUUUGUCCGAUGAUUUUGACCCCCAGCUGUCAGAUUUUGGGCUUGCUAGUCGGGUCUCAAGUUCUGCAUCUCAUAGGACUAGCAUGGAUGUUGCAGGAACCUUUGGUUACUUGGCUCCUGAAUACCUCAUGCACGGCAAAAUGAGUGAUAAAAUUGAUGUCUAUGCAUUUGGCAUCGUCCUCCUAGAGCUCCUCUCUGGUAAAAAGCCCAUUGACGAUAACCGUCCAAAAGGUCAGGAGAGCCUUGUUAUGUGGGCAAAGCCAAUUUUAAAGGACGGCAAUUUCUCUCAGUUGCUAGAUCCUCAGCUCGAUAGUAGCUACGAAUUUCAUCAGAUAGAAAGAAUGAUUUUAGCUGCUAACCUGUGCAUUCGACGUGCACCACUAACGCGGCCUCAAAUUAGCCUUAUCCUGAAGCUCCUACGGGGUGACCAGGAAGUAACAAACUGGGCGCAGAAACAAGUUAGGGACUCGGAAGUUGAUAUUGUUGACGACGGUUUUCAUCAUACUAACAUGGAAUCCCAUAUCAACCUUGCAUUACUAGACUUGGAAGACGAUUCGCUUUCUGCAAGCAGCAACGAACAAAGUUUCCAAAUAGAGGAAUACUUGCAAAAAAGAUGGAGCCACUCAUCGAGCUUUGCCUAGCCAUCUCGAUGCAGGUGUGUGUUUAUCGUUUAUGUGAUCUUUUUAUUUUCUGCUAGUUAUUAGAUCAGGUCUUGGAAGAGAGGUUGUUUAAAAGAGCUUCCCCACCUUGACUUAGGUUGGAUUGUAGCCCAUAUGAUUCCCAAUUUUAUGUAUGGGCUAGUUUUCUGGGAAAUAGAGAGGAACAAAUGUAUACUCAACAUGCACAUGAU